UUUAAUCAAAUAUACAGCAAGUUGCAGAGCGAAGUGAAUCUAAUGUUUAUUUUCUAUACUUUGGCGUAGCUGGAAGUCUUUUCUCCAUUAAAAGCGGUCCUGCUUUUCCAGUAAGACGAGUACUUAAUGUGGAAGAAAAACAUUUUGUAAAUGACGUUUCCUAAAGUAUGGAUUGCCAUUUCUCUAUUGACCUAUGCAUUCGUUGUGGCUACGAGUCAAGAAUGCCCGAAAGGAUGGAAAAAAUUUGGAAAUUCGUGCUACUUGUUUGCGUUACCAACUUUUCAAUUCCGCCAGAAAACAUGGGAAAACGCUAGAUCACACUGUUUAGGCUAUGGUGCAGAUUUAGUCUCGAUUCUUAACUCGACUGAAAUGGAUUUUCUGUACAAUAAUACAUUUAAAUAUGGAGACCGUUGGUCAGCCCUGUAUUGGAUUGGUUUGUUCCGUAACAAGACAACUAGCAAUCCAAAAGAUGGAUGGGAAUGGAGUGAUGGAAAUAAUUUUACCGAACUGAAGCUGUGGAAACCAGGAGAGCCAAAUAACAACCAGACCAAUGAGAAUUGUGCUAUAUAUCAUGGUAAAACGAAAAAUUGGAGGGAUUGUAAAUGCUCAGACAAGUUUGCUUACAUUUGCAAAAGAAGUAAAGGUCUUCCUCGUCCAACGACUCCAACACUUGGAACCAUAUCACCCACUAAAAGUGACUCUCUCUCGUGUGAUGUUGAAUGGAUAGCAUAUAAUCGAUCUUGCUACAGAUUUUUUGAAGCAAAAAGGAUGUGGAAGGGGGCAAAAGAUGCAUGCGAUUAUAGUGGAGGGCAUCUUGUUAAAAUAGAGAACGCAGACGAACAACAUUUCUUGGCUUUCAUGGCGCGGGCAAAAAAAACGUCUUUCUGGAUUGGUUUAACGAAACAUAAUAAAACUUCUCCUUGGCUGUGGGAAUUUUUACCUAACGACAUGUCUUCCUUUACAAACUGGCAACCCGGUCAACCAAAUGGUUUGGGAACACAACUUUGUGUUGAGAUGGACGGGUUUUUUCAACCCGGCUUAUGGAAUGAUGCAAAUUGUCAUGGAACGAAGUCUUAUAUUUGUGAAAAAGAAGAAGGUCGCAACAUAUGUCCUGAUGGUUGGAUCCCUCACAAUGAUAUUUGUUAUCAGUUUAACAUGUUUCCAUCACAGAAAAUGACGUGGUUUGACGCGGAAACUUCAUGUAAUGCAGUCGAUCAUUUCUCUUCUCUCGUUAAAAUAAGCAGUCAAAGUGAACACGAUUUUAUACAAGGAAUGGUGCACGUUUAUAGCAGUUCAAAUGUUUGGAUUGGUCUUAAUGAUAUAAAGAGAGAGAAUGUUUUUGAAUGGACUAGCGAUAAGUCGAUUUUGGAUGUCAAUGAUUUCAAGAUUUGGACGAAUGGAAAACCAGUUGAAAACAAAGAAGAAUUGGAUUGUGUGGCAAUUAUGGGACUUAGAGUAGAUGCUGCAUGGACGGUUCAAAACUGCUCACAACUUCAAAACUAUAUUUGUAUGAGACAUAGAGAUCUACCGUAUUGUAAUGUUCCUUUGGGAAUGGAGAAUGGAAGGAUUUCAGACCGUCAAAUUACAGCCAGUAGUUUUCAGCCUUCGCAUGAACCAAAACAGGCCAGAUUUCGACACAGUGGUUCGUGGUGUCCAGGAAUCAAGAACAAGAAAGAAUAUCUUCAAGUUGAACUCCUUUACUUGUCCGAUGUUAGAAAAAUAAUUACAGAAGGAAGUGUUCUUUCAUAUAUAGUGAGAACGAGCAUAAACGGAGAGACGUACAAAGAUUAUAAAACAUCUGGAGGAAAAGAACUGACGCCAUACAAUUCAAAAAGCUUUCAGUAUCUUAACACAAAAUCUUUAGUUGCAAAGUUUGUCAGAAUAUAUCCAAUACGCUGGAAUGCAAGUACAUAUCCAUGUUUAAGAGUGGAUUUUAUUGGUUGUCGUGCAGAAGUUCCACAGUCAACAAUAUGUGAGGGGAAAAACUGGAUUAAAGGACCAGACAAUCUUUGCUUGCAGUUUAACAACGUUCAAAAGUCAUGGACAGAUGCUCGAUCGACCUGUGUGGAAAGAGGCGGCGACUUGCUGUCAAUAUUCUCCAAUGAGGAUAUUUAUCAAUUGAAACCACUUUUCCAAAAAUAUGUUCAUGAUUAUCACUGGAUUGCAUUGAAUGAACUUGAUUAUAAGAAAACAUAUUACUGGAGCAAUACUGAUGUUAAUGGCUACAUGGAUUGGGGCUCUGGUACCUCAAAUGAUGUUUUCUACAAGCCAACCAGAACACAAUGUGUCACACUGAAAGCGAAUAAAUUUUCAUUUAAAAAUGAAGACUGCGCGUAUCAUUUUCCAUUCAUCUGCAUGAAAGGAGAACGAAGUCUUGGAAAAGAUGUGGUCCAAUCCGGUCCAACUGGAGUAUGGAUGAGCAGUGCCAAGUAUUACUGGCCACUAUCUGAUGAUGAAGUUGUACUUGGUACAAGAUCUGGUGAACUUAACGGAAAUAUUACGCUUGCAACUGGCGUCAAAGGAAAACCAAACUCUGCCCUUCAGUUCUCUGGUGAAGGAUCUUUUAUUGAUGUUGGAAAGUUUGAUAAGGAAUGUUUUGGAAAUCCUGAUUACUGUUUAGCUCUGACUUUAUCUUUUAUGGCUUGGUUUGACGACAGUUCAGUUUCAUCAACAAGACGUUUAAAUAUUUUGGACUCAAUCGACGGAAACGAAACGACAAACAAUGGUCUCGGCGUUUACCUUGAAAAAAAUGAAAUGUAUUUCGUGAUCUCUAAAACAUCAAACUAUUUUAAGAGUUCCAUAUCCAUUGUGGCAAACGAAUGGCGACAUUAUGUUAUGAUAUUCAAUGAGUCAUCUGGAAUGAGUAUUUUUGUGAAUGGUCAAAUUGUUCCAUCUGUUGGGUCCACAGGAAACGUAAAUACAGACAAAUCCACAAGCAGCUUCAAGAUUGGACUUUAUCGCUCCCCUUUAAAAAGUAAUAAAAUAAUGAUGGCGAUGAUUGCUUUUUGGGACAAAAUGUUACCUAUGAACGACGUUUUGUUUAUUUAUAAUGCAGAGUUUGGUUCGUGUCCUUACACCUGGAUUGAAUUUGGGAUGUCUUGUUACCAGAUCAACAAAUUUUCUUUAUCACAUCACUCUGCACAAAAAACAUGCCAGAAAUAUGGUGGCGAUCUCAUCACUGUAGAAAACAAUGUUGAGCAGGCAUUUUUGACCUCAGUGCAAUUGAAAUAUAAAGUUGAUUUAGUGUGGAUUGGAGCAAAGUACAAACGUAAAAGCUUCCAGUUUGUUGAUAACGAUGAUCAACCUAUCGUAUAUUCAAACUGGAGAAGUUAUCGUCCCUUACAUUUGUCUACUGAUAGAUGUGUACAAGCAAAGGUUGGAAAAGAAUGGAGUGAUGAGUACUGUGGUGAUAAUAAAAAAUUCAUAUGUGAAAAAAGAAAAGCUAUAACUUUGGAGAGAAAAAAUUCAUCAUUCUCAAAUUCUACUUCAUCAGUAAAUACAAUUACAACAAUCAAUAAGUUUCACACACUUUGCCAUUACACUCGCUUUGAAAUUGGCUGUCCUGACAACCUACUUAUCAACAUAACGUCAGCAUUCUGGGGAAGGAAGGAUAAAACAACAUGUUAUUAUAUCAGUGUUCAGCCAUGUGGUGUCGACGAUACUGAUGCAGUCACUAAAAAUAUCAUGAGAAAAUGCAAUGGCCUGGGAUUUUGUGAUCUUUUUGCUUCGCAAUACGAGCCUUACCUUACAAAUCCUUGUCCUACAGUUCAUAAAUACUUACAAGUGAAUUACUCUUGUGUCCGAGACUACGACAAAGACAUACUCACAUCGGGCUGGAAAAAUUGUAACCAUAAUAAACGUCGUUGUUAUCGUUUGUACGAUACACCAAAGUCAUGGAGAGAUGCUAGAACGACAUGUAAAAAACUUGGUGGAGAAUUAAUUUCGAUUGUUGAUAGAUUCGAGCAGUCUUAUAUUACCAGUCUUAUGGAGCGAGCUUGGUACCAAAAUAUUUGGAUUGGUUUAAACGAUUUUACUUCUAAAGGUGUGUACGAAUGGUCAGACGGUUCUGAAGUUUCUUGGACCAAUUGGUAUGUUGGUCAACCUGAUGAAAGGCUCCUUCGAAGUAGUUGUGUAUCAAUGAGUCUACAUCGUGGAAAGCGAGGCUGGAUGUUUUGGAGUGAUGAAAAUUGUACAAAAGAAUAUCCGUUCAUGUGUAAAAUUGAUUUAACCCCGGUGUCAAAUUCAACAUUACCAACAAGAGCAUCAGACAGAAAGAAAAGGUGUUAUAAUGCAUAUGUAAACAAUAAAAUGGAUUAUUGCUACUUUUUCGAUAGUUGGGUCAGUAAAAACUGGAUCGAUGCUAACAUUUACUGCCAAGACAAGCACAGAGCAAGUCUUGUAAGUGUUCAUAGUGAUGAAGAAAACGCGUUUGUCAUGAAAAUAUCUAGGGACUCAAUGUGGCUUGGUUUGGAGUCGAGGGGUGUAUUUCGAGGCAAUGCUUGGUCGGAUGGUACGCCUGUUAGCUAUACAAAUUGGGAAAUUGGUCAACCAGACAGUUAUAAUGGUCUUGAAGCCUGCGUUCAAAUUAAUCCGGAGUCUGGAAGAUGGACUGAUCGGGAUUGUAAUGAAAAGAAGAAAUUUGUUUGUAAGAAACGCAAAGAUGUCGUUUCAAAGACUCGUCGAAAAAAGCCAUACCCAAAGCCAGGUUCACCUUAUUGUCGCAAAGGCUGGACUUUGUACAAAAGGAUGUGUUACAUUGCUGUUAAGGAUGACACGGAUGAAUAUGUCUCUUGGCAUGAAGCUGAAAAACGAUGCCAAAAAAUGGGAAAUGGAGGACAUCUUGUUAGCUUACACAAUGAUGAAGAGGAUGAUUUUAUGGAUCAUCUGGUGGGGUACACCGACUCCUCCAAGUUUUGGAUUGGCUUAAAUGAUCUAAGUACUGAAGCUCAAUACAAAUGGUCUGAUGGAUCAAAUUAUAAUUAUGCUAAUUGGGAAGAACGGCAGCCUGACGAUAAACAUCGACAAGAAAAUUGCGUGUCGACAUCCCUAUACGCAUUUUCGGAUAGACAUUGUCAACUAAAACUGCCCUACAUUUGCAAAAGUUACAACGAGUCCUAUACACCUCCAGUAAAGCCGACUGAAUUACCUAGACCGAGUGUUGAUGAGUAUUGUCCUGAUGGUUGGGUGGCUCAUGCGCUGUAUUGUUAUGAAUUUCAUACUGAUCCACGUGAAUACAGAACAUGGGAGGAGGCCAGAGAUGCUUGUGAACUUGGUCACAAUUCAAGUGCUUAUGGAGAGUUAGUCAGUAUUCAUGACGAAUUUGAAGAGGCGUUCAUCACACUUCAUUUAAAAGGACUAAAGCAACCGUUGUGGAUUGGCUUAAACGAUAAAUACCGUCCUCGAACCUAUUAUUGGUCAGAUAAUUCACCCUCAGACUAUUUCAAGUGGCAUAAAGGAGAGCCAAGUUUAUGGUUUGGAGGUAGCGAAUGCGUAGAAAUUUUACCUUAUCGCUGGGCUGCUGGAAAAUGGAAAACAAAUUAUUGUUCUAGUAAAAAUGGGUUCAUAUGUAAAAAAGCCGCUCAAAAGACAACAGUACGACCACCUAAGAAGCAAAAAGAUCCUAAGUGUAAAAUUGGCUACAAAAACUAUCACAAAUCCUGCUUCAAAUUUGUUUACUCACAGCUAACAUUUUUUGAUGCAAGAAAAUUCUGUCAAAAUGAUGGUGGAGAUCUAAUGAUAGUUGAAGAUCAAUUCAAACAAGCUUAUCUUACUUACCUGCUGCAAAGAUUUGUGGGGAUAGUCUGGAUUGGUUACAUUCACGAACCUUACUCUGUGUUUAAAUUUGUGGAUAACAGUUUGACGGCUCAUACAAAUUGGGGUCCAGGCCAACCAAAUCGCCAACUUCAACAACAAUCAUGUGUACAGGCAAAUUUUGCCGGCUUAAAUAUCGGUUUCUGGGACGAUGUAGAAUGUAGUACUACCAAUUCAUUUGUUUGUGAAAUAUACAAAGGAGAGCCAAAAGUUACGAUUCCAUUAAAUGGAACCUGUCCCAGUGAUUGGAAGUACUUUAACAAACAUUGUUACAAAUACUUUACAAGUGAGGUUCAGUGGUCAACUGCUCAAUAUACCUGUUCUAAAGACGGUGCUAACUUACUUAGCAUACAUGAUGAUCGAGAACAAGAUUUUCUUAUCUAUUAUCUUCAACAAAAAAGCCCAAGAUGGCUUUGGACAGGUUUGAAUGAUAUAUCUGUUGAAAGAGGAUAUGAAUGGGAAGACAAGAGUGCAUUGGAUUACAUCAAUUGGGAUGAUAAUAAACCAGAUAAUAAUUCAAGGUCUAAAAACUGUGUUGAAAUGAAAUCAAUAUCUGGAAAAUGGAAACAUCAAUCCUGUUCCAGCUGGCGCAGUUUUAUUUGUAAAAGAAAAUUAGAAUGUUCUGGAGAUAUUCCCAUCGAUACCUCGAUGGUCACUGUAACAAAUACUCGUAAUUCCACCACAAUGGGUGCUGACAAGGCAAUUUUUACUAAUGAAAAUGAUAGCCAUACUUGGUGUACUAAUAACACAAGUGGAAAUUCCAAAAUCAUGAUCAAUUUCGACCAAUUGUAUCGAGUUACUGGUAUAACUGUUACUGGAUUUGGACAAAAAUACGUCAAGUCGUUCAGCAUUGAGUAUGAACAUGACGAGAGCUGGCGUGUGUAUUAUCCCAAAAAUGACUAUCAAAACGCGAUCCACCAAUUUUCAUCGGCUCCAUCGAGGACAACAUUCAGAUAUCCAUUCAAAGCUGAUGGAAUAAAAAUCACCCCAAUCACGUGGAAUGGAGGAGAAAUUUGCAUGAAAAUAAAAUUACACGGAUGUUCGUACGUUUGUCAAAAACAGCUUUUCAUGUCAUACCCAACCAGAGUUAAGGACAACGUGAUAACUGCUUCAUCAGCAAAAUAUCCAACGCAUGAGCCGAAACAAACUGCAAUAGUAGGUCAUGCUUGGUGUGCUGAGAAAAACGACAAGAAUCAAUGGAUUCAGUUCAAAUUUGCAAGAGAAAGUAAAGUUUCAACAAUUCGAACUUUUGGUGACAGGAGAAAAAGUUAUGUGAAGUCUUAUUACAUGCAGUUCAGUGACGAUGGGAAAAAAUGGAGCAAUUAUGUACAACAUGGAACAACAAGGAUAUUUCAAGGAAACAACGAGGCCAACAGCCCAGUUAGACAUACUUUGGCGAAUGAAAUUGAAGCAACAUUUGUUAGAGUUUUACCUGUCUCAUGGAAACAUAAUAUAUGUAUGAGAAUUUCUUUACAUGGAUGCUACGCUGAUUGUAACAAGCCUUUGUUGGCUUCUAAACGAAUACCAAAUCCUCGAUUUGAUUCAUCGGACAAAAACUCACAUCCUGAAUAUGCAUUAUUUAAUACUGGCAAAGCUUGGUGUACUGGAAAAUCUAAAAUUCAAGAUCAGUUCCUUGAGAUGCAAUUUGGUGGCCAAUAUAUUUUGUCAACAAUAGCGACGUUACCAGGACCUGUUGGCUAUAAAAAUGCUAGUGAAAUAUCUUCAUUUAUUAUGAAAUACAAAAAAGGAAAGAAUUGGUUUGUUUAUGGACCAAGAGGUCAAGCGAAGAUUAUGUUAGCCAUAAAUGAAAAUGAUCGAUCAAAACCAAACACCAAUCAUCUCACUGACUAUUACCGUAACCGGAAAAGUUUGCGGACUAAAGGCAUACAAAUUUACCCAAAAACGUUUGAUGGAUCUCCAGCAUGUAUCCGAGUAGAGUUUUACGGCUGUCCUGCAGGCGUCCAAAUUCCUCGUAAAACACAUUCAACUUCACAAGACAUUGUCUAUGUGUUCAUUCGCUUUACAAGUUUGACGUGGGAUGACAAAUUAAGUGAUCAUAAAUCCAAUGAAUUUCAUACGAUAAGCAUUGAUAUAAUAAAAGCGAUUGAAAAUGUUUACAGUGAAAGAAAAUCGUUUCGAAAUGCUGAAGUCAUCGAACUGACUAAAGGAAGUGUCUGGGCUAAAAUUAAAUUGGUAUUCAAUCCAGAGUUUGCUGAAGGCGAAAACGUUACAUCUAACUUAGCAAACGCUGUUAAAAUGGGAAAAGUUGGUGACCUUGAUGUUGAUCCAUUAUCGUUUAAGCGAACAUAUGGUGAAAUACCGACAAAAGCCAAAAGAGAGUCUAAUUCAGGUUUAUCUCAUGGAGCCCUUGCAGGUGUUAUUGUUGUAACUGUGCUUGUUGUGCUGGCUGUUGCUAUUAUUUUGGCAUUUUUUGUGUAUCGACAUAAGAAACAGAAAAACUUAUUUGCACCAAAAUAUUCUGACAUCCCAAUGUUGUAUUUAUCGAAGGAUCAUGAAUCGGAAAGUUAACGUACAAUAUAUAUAGCCAGCUGA